AUGAAAAAGAACAAUGCUAACAAUUCUUUAGCACCUGGAACUCAGAAAAUUACCUGCAAUUGGUGUCGCUACCUGACAUCAUCACCAUCCCCUCCGGUGACUAUCACCUUGUCUCUAAAAUGUGUCAUCAUCCUUGUUCUGCUGCUGGUCAUCUACACAGCUGCAGUCAUCAUGUUCCUUGAAUUGCGACACUCAGCCAGCUAUGUCAGUCAGCAGUUCAUCCGACGCCACCCUCUGCCUCCACUCUCCUACCCUCUGUCCAAAGAAGAGGGUGUUUCUGGAAACAGAAUUGGGGGUGGUGCCACAGGUGGUAACCAUUAUGGGAUUGUCAUUGACUGUGGUAGCAGUGGGAGCCGUGUAUAUGUGUACCAGUGGCCUACCCAUUCUGGUAAUCCUAAGGAGUUAUUGCAAAUUGAACAACUCAUGGAUGCUAGAGGACGACCUAUUGUCAAGAAGAUAACUCCUGGUCUGUCCACAUUUGGAGACAACCCUUCAUCAUCGAGUACCUAUAUUCGUCCUUUACUCACAUAUGCUGCUCAACACAUCCCUGAAGAAAAACACUCGGAAACACUGUUGUAUAUUUUGGCAACUGCUGGCAUGAGAGUUUUGCCUGAAAGUACACAACGAAGAAUUCUUGAUGAACUACAAACAUCCAUCCCAAAAGACUUCAAGUUUGUUGUGGCAGACAACCAUUUUGAAGUAAUCACUGGAAAACAAGAAGGAGUUUAUGGUUGGAUUUCUGUCAAUUACAUCCUCAAUAAAUUUGCUCAUGGCAUUGAAGUCAACUGUGGAAAGAGAGGAGGCAGUACCCUAACUGAGGAAGUGUUUGAUGGCAGAGUGAUUUCUUUUGCCCCAGUAUCUUCUUUCACCACAAAGAACAAUCACUCUGCAACCACCAUCACCCGCAGUCUAGUCCAUAAUGGUACUGGCUCUUUGAAUGGCAGCAACAGCGCAAACAGCACAGAGCACCCACAGGUCAUUGUUGAUGUUCCUGGUCAGUCGUCUAUAUCAGUACCUCACUCCCGGCGCAGAACAGUUGGAGUUAUUGAUAUGGGAGGUGGAUCAAUGCAGAUAGCAUUUGAGGUCACCAAAAAAAUCAAAUUUGAUUAUGCUAUGGAAAGUCCUGCACAAAACCUAAUGGCAGAAUUUAACCUUGGUUGUAAAAGCACUGACCUUGACCACAAUUAUCAAUUGUAUGUCUCCACAUUUCUUGGAUAUGGUGCCAAUUCUGCCAGAGAAAGAUAUGAGGAAAUGUUGCUGCAACUCUCUGCUAACAGUUCCCAAGGAUACCACAAGUUGAAUCCAAUUCCUGACCCCUGCCUCCCUCUUGGUCUGCACCACAAAUCAGCCGACCGUGUCCACCAUGAAACUUAUUUUGUAGGGCUUGGAGACUACAACAAAUGCAAGAUGAAUCUCCUGCCUUUGCUGAACUUGACUGUUCCAUGUCAAAAACAUCCCUGCUCAAUGAACGGCAUCUAUCAAGCAAAUAUCAACUUCAAUAACAGCGAGUUUUAUGGUUUUUCUGAAUUUUGGUAUUCGAUGGAGGAUGUUUAUCGAGUGGGAGGCCAUUAUGAUUCCAUCAAGUUUGAUAAAAUGUCCAAUGAUCAUUGUGCUACCAGAUGGGCCAAAUUAGAAGAAUGGUUUAAUAAAAGAUACUACCCCAAAUCGGAUGCUCAUAGACUUAGGUUGCAGUGUUUCAAAGCAGCUUGGAUGUCUGUUGUCCUUCAUCAUGGCUUCAAAUUUCCCCGAAAUUACCGACAUUUCUACUCCACCCAAAAAAUUGAUGGCAAAGAUGUCCAGUGGACACUGGGUGCACUUAUUCACCGGUCGAGAUACUUACCUUUGCGGGAAAUUGACCAAUCAUAUGACAGCAACAGUCUCCAUUCAAGCCUGUGGGCUUCCAAACACACCCACCACUUCUACUAUGAAUACCUAAUCCUCCUCUGCUUCUUUGUGGUUGUCAUGGCAAUUAUUCUCUAUGUGCGUCGUCUCCGGCUUAUCCCUUCUUCCUCUUCUUCUUCCACAUCCCCUCUCUCCUCAUCCUCCCCUUCUUCCUCCCCUCUCAUAUCACCCUCAUCACCAACCCUUGUCUCAUCAGCAUCAUCCCCACUUCUUCUCAGCAGUAGCGUUGGAGGCAGCACCACCCUGAACCGUGUACCUUCUGCAUCUUACUUCAUGUCGGAGGACAGCUCUUUCAGCAUAGGAGGAAUGAGCAUGUCCUCCAAGAUGAUGGACUCGGCGGGUGGUUUGUAUUUCAAAAAUUCUGCUUAUUCUUGA